AAUGAAAUUGUUCCAUUACCCUAUGUUCCCUCUAAAUUGGUUUCUCCCGUCACUUGGCAUCGGUUACUACGGUGAUAUUAAACGUUGCUAUGCCUUUUCUUCUUAUUCGUUCAAAAUGUAUUAAAGAGAUGGCGGGAGACCAGCACGUAUUCAUAUCGCUACCCUCUGGUUUGGGAAGGAUACAUACUGUUGGACAUUGCAUGGCAUGAGAUUAUCCCUGAAAAACGACCCUCAUCCACAGACCCAUUAUUUAUAUUUGGAUUUAAAUACGGCGUUGUCUAUACUGUAGUGGUCAGGGUGAGGAGGACCAUAACAAAUCCUAAUCAAUUUGACAUCCUCCCCUAUCUUCCUAGGGAUUGACUGUCAAAAUACACUGGCCAUUGCCACUACUAGGUGAAAUGGGGAGAAAACACACUCACAUAGCACACUCACCAGCUUAGCUUGAUGGUCUGUGAAGUCUGGUCCAAAUAAGUCUAUGCUCUGGACCAAAACUUGCAACCUAGAGAGAGCGCAUUUGUAAGAACUGAUCAUGUAGGCUACAGUUACCUAUAAAAUCAGGCCCCUGAUUUACAGAAUAUAAGUAAUAUAAUAAUUGAGAAUGAGAUCCUCUUCACCUUUUUAUCUGCAUCUACUACAGGAUAUUCUAGAAGCAGCUGAGUGACACACUUUGUGUCAACUGUGUGCACGUGCUGUUCUAAAACGCUAGAUGGCAGUAUGAUGGAUAAUUUUCCAGCCUCUGCACAAUAGUCUUCAUAGAAGAAAAGGCGCAAUGUUUCGAUUUCGCAAAAAAAUAAAAUAAAAUAAAAAGUCAAAAUAAGACAUCGGAAUAGAACAAAAAAAUAUGGAUUGGUUGCAACAAGUCUGAACAAGCUUCUCAAAAAGGGGAGUGAAUUUAUACAGGUUCCACUCGUCGAUUCGCAUAUUUCCUUGUAUGAAGAUGGAACAGAAUUGACAGAGGACUAUUUCUAUAGUUUCCAGACAAUGCUGAACUUGUCCUUCUUGCCAAGAAUGAAAGAUGGAGCGGAUUUGUCAGCGACAUAGAACGGUUGCUGGACACCGACAGGGAAGCAGAUAAGUUGAUUGAGUUGACUACGGGGCUUCUCUCUGACAAUCGGUCUCCAACGACACGCAGACUCCUGGGGGACAUGCUCCUGCACUUGAACGACAGCUCUGAGACUGAAAAGAGAGAAGAUGAUCAAGACUGGUUCCAAGGAAUUGAUGACAGAUUUAAGACCAAAUCGGCCUACAUUAAGUACAACUGUGAGAUGAGGAUUCGUGGAUACAUGAAAGAGGUGCGUAAUUAUGCUCAAACCAUCCAAACGCCUAAACUCAAGGACAGAUACAUGCAGACUGCAGACUACUUAAUGAUGCAGCUGAAAUCUGACAAGUUCAAUGGUUGCUACUUCGACAGGACAGAAGAGGAACAAAAUCGACUAUGCACCAAGGAGGGAUGGUUCAACUGUCAGGGUGCUUUUGACCAGGUUAAAUGCGAGUUCCAUCACUCAAUCAACCCCUAUGGAAACAGAGAGAGCAGGAUUAUCUUUAGCACCUGGAACUUGGACCACAUCAUUGAGAAGAGGAGGACGGUCAUUCCUGACCUGGUGGGCGCACUGAAGAAACCGAAGAGACGCGACAUAGACCUGGACCAUUUUUACAAACUGCUGUUCACUAGGGAGAAUCUGAAGCUGGUGCAUAUUGUAUGCCAUAAGAAAGGUGCCCGUGACGAAAGCAAAUUGUACAAACGACGCAAAUCAAAAUGAUUUUCAAGUGAAGACGCAGGGUAGAUGUUUUUCUACUGUUUGUUGGUUAUUCUUGAAUUUUAUGAUUUCCCCACCACACACAAAUAACAGAUGAAGUGCAAGACGCAUGAUUACUGGUAAAUAUAACUACAUGUAAUUAUGGGCAGGGAACAUUGUUUUCUGCUGCUAUCAGAACAGCUGAUUUCUUGAUCAUUUUGUGCUAGUGAUAUUAAAGCACUCCAUCAUGAGCUAUUGUUUGGGUAAUAGUCAAUGGGCCAAUCGCAAAUAGUCCCGAGCCCUACGCAAAGGGGUAGGUUCAGUUCGAUUCAACGUUUGCGUGUCAGUUUGUAAUAACGACGCGUUUCCCCAAAACGGUGCGCACUAGUCUUCAACAGCCUUUGAGGUGCGUUUGGCCUGAUCAAUAUGGAUGUGACCAUUUGAAAUUGCAAAACGUGUGCCGCACACGCCAUACAAUCGCUCUCUGGGCAACCAUAAUGACACCGUUCUUCAACUAUUCGCUCAGAACAGUACCACUUCCGUUGAAAUUAAAUGAUGAACAUUGUUCUGUCGUACUGAACACACCCCUGGUGAUCUGAGAGGAUUUGAUUGGUAUAAGCAAAUGGUGAAACUUCCACCCAGCCUAUCAGAGGGCUCGGUGGAGUUAUUACCAGAUUGAUUACACCUGUCAAAUCCUCUGAUCACAAGUGUAGGGAACAAUUUGUUAUGACAUUUUCAAAUAUAUUUUUUGAGAGGCCCUCAUAUUAUAUUUGGAUAUAUAAAAUCAUAUGUAUUCUAAUAAAAUUACUGUUUGCAUUAUAA